AUGAAAAAUUCACAAGGAGAGGACAAUAGGAAGCCUAAAAACUCCAAGUCUAAACUGGACCCCGAUCCCGUUUUCCAAAGGGGGCAAAUACCUUGGGAUCACACUAAACCAGCGGCUCUCAAGGAAUUCUCAUUUGGCUACCCAGAGAACCAAAAUUACCUGGGGGAUGUGCAUAAGGCUCUGCACCAAGAACUGGGGUUUAAACUCCAAAAUGACCCCAAGGCUAUACACUUGCGUCUUAAGACCAAUGUUUACAUAAGGGUCGGUGGUGUGGUCGACCAAGACUCUGCAAGCCAAAGCAAUCAGGCUAUUAAGAGGCACCCAAAGACAAUGCUGCCUCAGUUUGGCUGGAGCCAUGAGCACAACGCCAACUACGACCCCAGGCAAAUGCAGAGUCACGGCGGAUAUGCAGGCAAUGAUAAACUAGAAGCAAAAGCGUCUCGAUUUAAAGUGAGCGAUCUUCAAGGAAGGACGCUGUUUUCUGCAGACAAAAACGAAGUAGUCGUCGGAGCAGAUUUGCUCAGGCUUCAAGGGGCAGGAGGGGUUGUGAUUGACGGUAGCCUCCAGACGCCUUUGGUGAGGGCCAACCCAGGAUCGGACCUGAGCUUGGAAUCUCCGACAAGGUCGCUGCAGGUGAUGGCUCCUUCCGGAGUGUCGCUGGAGUCCAGGGCGGGCGAUAUAAGUGCGACCUGCCUCACGGACCUGAAAUUGGAAUCGAUGGACGGGGCGAUUCGCCUGGAAGCGGCUCGAAUCCUGCUGCCGGGGCUGAAGACAGCCCAUUCCCGGCCGCAGCCGAGGGGUCGUCAGAGUUUUCAGCCUGCGUCCGCCACCUCGACAGUCUUCCAGCUCUGCUCAUGCCACAACGGUAAACUUUUCCUAGCACCCGCUGACGGCUUAUGUGCCACCGACAACGAAAAACUCCUCUGCAGGUGAAAGGAGAACCCCUUCCCUCCGGUUCUCCAGUGGUCCAGCCCUGACUAUACGUUUGCGAUAUACGUGAUUACGAAUUUUCAAUCUUGUCCUUUUUUUUAUAUGUUUGUGAAUUCGACGAUCCUCGUCCGGUAUAUUAACGUGUACGAAGCAAAAAUCAGUUUUCUUUUCCGAAACUGGAUUAAAGCACAACGCAAUGUACAUUUGCUAUAAAUAUUUCAACAAACCCUCACCCAAGAGACUGACAGGUAUAACCUGAUACCAAAGUUUCGAUUGAUACGCCAAAACCGAUCAAUAUUGUCCACCUCAGCGCGAGUCUAUAAACUGCAUAAAAAGACAAUAUAAUAAUGAAGAUAAUCAGAUUGGUAUAAUACAAAUGACUAUAGAUUUUUAUAUCCUAGACAAGGACAAGAUUUAAAAAUGUCUUUAUUUGUUUAACCAAAGAGGAAAGUGGGAAGCAGCUGAAUCAGACCAAAAAGAGUUAGACCCUGAAAUAAUUAUGCAUUUUUGAAUGUGAGAUUUUAGUUCACUUAUGAAAAAUAGCUGCAUUUAGGAAUAUAUUGUAUACAGUUAAUGGAAAUUUUGUGCCAUACGAAGCUUCAACGCCCGUGCACAUUACCAGCAAACCAUUGGCCUAAACUCGUUCUAGAACGGGUUCUUAGUAGAGCAAUGACUAUUAUUUUCUUAUUGAUCCAAGUCUACUCGAUAUAUACGAAAGACUACAGUUCUUUCCUCUGCUAAUUUCAAUUUAUUUAUUAUGGAUGGAAUCGAGCAAAAAAAAAUUAUAGGUUAUUUAAGGUUUGUAAUUCUAUUAUUGUUCGAAAACAAGAAGGUAGAAGAAUAUGUCAUAUCGUAUCAGUUGCAAAUAAAUAAUAAUUGUAAAUUGCCAAAAAAAGUUGUAAAUAAAUACUGAAAUAUUUGUAUUUGAUAACGCUAGUUGGCAAGUAAACGAAAUAUGUAAAUAGAAGCGUUAGAAUAAAGUGUACAGAAACUGUAUAAUAUGUUAUUGCAAAUAUUAAGCUGGGCUUAUUCUUUGUUUUCAAAACCUAAUGUCAAGAGAAUCGCCAGGUAUCAUAAAAUCAGAAAUCUUAUGAAAGUCUACAUUUCGAUAAACUACUUUUUAUUACUGCUAUAACACGACCAUGUCAAAAAGUUAGGAUCUUACCUGGUGUUUCGCAGUAAAACGUAGCUCAUUAAACAGAAAACCCCCUUCGUUUAGCUGCGCAGUGUAAGCCAAGCUUAAAAUUGUGUUAAUUCAUUAAAAUUCUAUUGACAGUGUUAUGAAAUGUGAAAAUUAAAAAAAUUUGUAAAUAGUUUUGCCUACAUUAUUUCCACGGAUAGAUUUCAAGUUUAAUUUUUACAAAUUUACUGUAAAUAACCAUAAACCUGUUUGUUCA